CUCUUUCUCGUUGGAGGCCUUUUUUUGUUUACGUUAUUGCUGUGCGACUACUGGCAUUAACGUAAGCUAGGGAAAACGUUAGCUAAAUGGUCGAAAAUACUGCCUUCUAUUGUUGGGCUCUGAGCUGUGAGUGACACUGCCAGGGAGGGAUGAGGAUCCGGCUGCAGGGCUCAGGCCAUGCCGCCGGCCUCCUCACCGAGCUCAAUCACUGCCGUCUCUCCCGCCUCUUCUGUGAUGUCAUCCUCCAGGUGAGGAGCCGCUCCUUCACAGUGCACCGUGCAGUGCUUGCCUGCGCCGGGACACACUUCCGCAGCCUGUUCUCAGGUAGGGGAAACCAGAUCGGAACUUCUGGAGCCGGAGCCACGACAACAUACUCUCUGGACUUUGUGUCCCCGGCCAACUUUGAGAAGGUGCUGACGUUCAUCUACACCGGAGAGAUCUUCACAGACCUGAUAGAUGUAGGGGUGCUGUAUGAGCUGGCAGAGAGGCUGGGGGUGAGAGAUCUGGUGCGAGCCUGUCACACUACCUUCCCUGACCUGCAGCAGCUGGGCUCAGGCUCUGCAGACUGUGUGGCGAAUGGAGACCUGGACCCUGACAUGGUUGCUGCUGCAGCUGGGUCAUCAAUGUGCUCGUCGUCUGCAGCAUCUUGUUCCUCUCUGUCGUCAUCUGCUGGUCCCUCGGCUGCUCCUACCCCUGCGGCAGCACCAUCACCUCUCCCUCUCCCCCAGGGCAGCAGGGUGGCCAGGCUGGGCCGGGGUGGUGGACACACAGCCACUCUGUCCCUGCCCCUCAAAACAGAGGAUGAGCAGUCUCACCUGGGCUAUGGACAGAUGGGCGAUGGACAGAUGGCCGAAGACAAACGGCUACAGCUGGCUGGAGAUCAGCAGAGUUCAGUAGGUAGUCUCUCCACUGUAGCUGUUGGGGCCACCCCAGGACCUCCCCUUCCCCUGCGGCUGAAGACUGAGGAGGGGGUGGAGGUGAUGAUGGGAGAUGGGGUUGGUAAUGGUGAGGAGGAACAGAUGGUAGCUAGUGGGAGUAGAGCUGGUUCUCUACCUCCAUGUGUGUCUGACGCCUGCUCCUUCCCUUACCCGUCAGCCCAGCUUGGAGGGGGGUUCUGUGGGGUGGAGGCUCCCUGCGCCCCCUCCUCCUCUGGAGACACGCUGGACAGUCUGCAGUUGGGGGUGGUAGAGGGCGGGGUGGGUGGGGUCAGCUGUGGCCACACAGGGGUGACAGGGGUCAUCUUCGAAGGGGAGGAGGAUGAAGAUAAUGAUGACGACAACGAGGAAGAGAGAGAGCAGCUGCAGGGAGAUGAAGAAGGGACUGACGGAGGAGGGGAGCAGUGGAGACCCCUGGCUGAAGACGUCAUUGAGCUGAGCGAUGACGAGAACUACAUGGAGGAGGAGGACGAUGAGGAGGACGAUGAAGAUGAGGACUUGGUGUGUGUGGAGAAUGGAGCAGUGGUUAGCAGAGAGGGAGUGAACCCUGGCCAGAUGUCAGGUAUGGUGGCGUGUAAAGCCUGUGGGAUGGCACUGUUAACAGACUCUGCUGCCCUGAGGGCCCACGCGGAGACUCACCUCACCGAGACAGGGACCUGCAGGGUGUGUGGGGCAUCUUUCCCCGGGGACCGCGGGGCCGGCAUCACCCACGCCCUGUCCCAUGUGGUGUUCUCCUGUGACAUGUGUCAUCUCCAGUUCUGCAGCCAGGCCAAGCUGGUACGCCACAGACGCCAGGCGGCUGCUAGGUACACCCUCCCCAGUCAGCUCCACAAUGCCACCCAGGGGCACAACGGGGAGCUGCAGUGUGCCGUCUGUAACAAAGCCCUCACCAAGGAUUUCCAGGUCAUCAGGGAUCACCUGCUGAGUCACGUGUCUAUCCAGUCACUGAGCUGUGGUGUGUGCCAGCUGCCCCAGCCCUCCCUGUGUGCCCUGCUGUGGCACGCCCUCACCCACCUCUCCCUGCCAGUCUACUCCUGCCCGCUCUGCGCCUGCGGCUUCCUGGAUCGCCCUCUGCUGGACAGACACAUGGCCCUGCAUGCCGAGGAGGCAGCAACGGACAGAGAGGCCAUGAGGGCUCAUAAAGCAGCCAGGGCAGAGGGAGAGGAGGAGCUGCGUUGCUUCUUAUGCCCACAGACCUUCCGCUCUGGCACAGCCUUCCAGUACCACCUGAGCUUUCACACCAACGAGACCCAGCCCCAGGGCCAGGGCAGCCAGGGGUGGACAGGGAAACGUAAGGCUGAGCAGAUGGAGUACUCCUGCUCCUCCUCCUCCCCCCUGGAGGCUGGCAGCCUGGGGAAGCUGGGCAACAUGGGCUUCGGCCUGGGGAUGGGCUCCUUCAGCCUCUCAGACAAGCUGCUUCAGGGGGCUGUGGCGUCUGGCUUCUCCGCAGGCCUCCUGUCCAAUGGGAACUCCUCUAGCAUGGGUGGGUCGGCCAUGGGUGCCACCAUCCCCCGGGUGAAAUGGUACCGCUGUCGGUUCUGCGGCAAACACUUUGCCCACUCUGGCGAGUUCACCUACCACCUGCGCAUCCACACUGGGGAGAAGCCGUACCAGUGCAAGGUGUGCCUGAGGUUCUUCCGAGGCCGCUCGACCAUGAUCUGCCACCUGAAGACCCACGCCGGGGCACUCAUGUACCGCUGCACCGUCUGCGGCCUGUAUUUCUCCACACUCAAGCUGGUUUCCUCCCACAUGGAGAUCCACAAGGACCACCUGCCUGCAGACUUCAAUAUAGAGCAGACUUUCAUGUACAAUGACCACUCCAAAGAACCCCUCCCCGCCCUGGACACCUGAUCAGCUACUCCUCUGGUGUCGCUCUGCCUUCGUCUCUCUUUCACUUCCUUUUAUUCCCCACGUCUUUUUUUUGUCUGUGUGCUUGUCUGUCAUGCUCCUUCUCUUCUCUCUCUCCCUCUCUCUUUCUCUCUCUCUGGUUGUGGACCAUAUCUAUAGACUUGUGGAAUGUAUUUAACUUGUUUUAUGUCUGUAUUUGAGACCAGUUUUGUAGCAUAGUGUAACAGAAAAGGACAUCAUCUUCUUUCUUGGAAGUAGCUUAGCCACUUGGUGGCAGUGUAUGCAUUGUUGUCUAUUGAAAGAAGGACUUGUUACUGUUUACUGUCUGCAAGCUGUUUUCAAGGCAAGUCCAUUUUGGCUUUUCCUAAAAAGUAUAUUAUUACUCUGCUUUACAAAAAGUGUUGUUUUUCUGUCAGUUAAGCUCCAUGUUCAUGUAUCCAUUUAUAUAUGAAACACAUGAUGGACCAUCUGCGUGUCUGUCUGAGUGAAACACCAUAUUUACCACUGUGCACCAAGCGUUAAAGGCCCAGUGCAGUCAAAAACGUGAUUUUCCUGUGUUUUAUAUAUAUUUCCACAUUAUGAGGUUGGAA